GGCGUUCUUUUCCCCCCAGGCUGAGCCCCGACAGUCCCUCUCAGUCCUUGGGGAGGCGAAGGGUCGCCUGCGCUCGCUUUCUUUCUCAGCCGCCCAAGGGGAAGGCGUCUGCGAUGGGCUUUGGAGUCCUCUUCGAGGUGAGCCUCAUGGGAAUGAUAGUCCUGGUCCUCCCCUCGGAGACGCACAGCGCGCCGGAGCCCCCAGUUGCCCCUUCAGCCAAAGUGUACCCCAAAGACCCUGUGGAGCUGGGGGACCCCAACGUGCUCAUCUGCUUUGUGGACCAGUUCUUCCCCCCAGUGCUGAACAUCACCUGGAGGAAGAACGGGCAGGUGGCCUUGGAGGGCGUGCAGGAGACGGGCUUCCUCCCCAGCGUGGACUACACGUUCCGCAAGUUCUCCUACCUGGCCUUCGUUCCAGAGGAGGGAGGCAUCUACGCCUGCCAAGUGGACCACUGGGGCCUCCAGGGGAGCCUGACCCGCCUCUGGUAUGCGAAAGAGCCAGCCCUUAUCCCAGAGACGCCAGAGAACAUACUCUGUGGCCUGGGCUUGGCCAUUGGCAUUCUGGGCAUCGUGGUUGGCACCGUCUUCUUCUUCAAAGCCCUGAGGAUGAACCAGAAUCAUCAGAGGAGCAGCACCUGCAGGGACGGCUUAUAAUUGGGCAACAGAGAGAAGAGCUACUUUUCCCAGAUCCUCUCCAUCAGCCGUCCUUCCUUCCACAGCAUUCCACCCUCACCUGCUGAAUCUGCUCUCUCUCCUCUGUCUGCUCCAACAACUCCCAGUGCCUUUGCCACCUUUUGGACCCUGGCCUUCCCAGCAACCAGUGCCUGUGGUGGGGGUGGGGGUGUCCCUGAAGGAUUCAUGUUGCCCAAGAGCUGGCCUUUGCCUGCCACAGAAUAAGAGACUCGGACAGCCAGUCCGAAACCUCCUGUAAGAGAGGAGCCUUCAGUUCUUUGAUUCCCUAAGACAAUAUCAGGUGGCCCAGAAGUCUGCAUGAAGUGUUGAAAAGAUAUAUUCGGGCCCCCACCAAAAAAAUCUUCCUUCUCGGACCUCUGCCAUCCCAGCUCUGCCUUUCCCGCCUUGCUUCUGUUCUGUCCAGAAAACAAUGAAUAAAGUGCUUGCUCAGAGCUUCCAAGA